AUGGUCUCCCUAUUGGGUGCGAAGAGAGGUGACCCUGACCGAUUACAGUCGCAGGAGCACGAUGACAAUGACGAUGAUGAACAAAACCAAACCCGCCACCAGGAACCAACCGAACAGACGCGCCUACUUCCACGGGGGGACAGUAAUAAUUUUUUGAGUCCAGAUGAUCCCGCAGUCUCCCCCUACAACUUAUGGAGCGUGCGCGCUUUGCGAGCCUUCUCCCUCCUCGCGCUUGGCAUCAGCUUUAUCUGGUGGACUUUCCUCCUGGUGUCGAUAUUCGUCAGUCCGCCGCUCAUACACACUCGCGGAUCAGGCUUCUUCGCAUUCUCCUACACAACUCUCGCCGUUGGAUACCUUGUGCUUGGCCUGCUGUUCUUCACGGUACCUUCUAAGCAAAUGACGAUAUGGGGUCUUAUCCUUUCCCUCCUUCUCUUGGUCAACAUGACCAUUAUCGUUUCUGUCCCACAUAUCCGUCGAGAAGAAGGUGGGGUGGGAAUCGCUUCCGUCGUUUGGGCUACGGUGAUCUCUAUGUAUCAGGUUGUGCAGAACAGAACUGUUACAAGAGGCAAGCGCGAGGAAGAAGAACGAUUGACUGGGCGUGAAGAGACACGGCGAUCACUGCGAGAAUGGCUCGCCGUGCUAUGCGAAAUGGUCUUCUUGGUCGUUAUGGGUCUUGCCGUCGUUUUCUUCACCGCAACCCUGAUUCUGCGUGCCCGGGAUGCAUCGCUAGUACCCCAAGGACAGCUUUAUAGUGUUUACGGGGGCUUAUACAAAGUUCACCUCAACUGUGUUGGUAAUCGCACAGCUGAAGAUUCAGAUCAACCUACCAUAUUACUCGAGGGUGGUGGUGGUCCCGUCGAACAUAGCCUGCAGCCGUUCAUCGAUGACGCGUACCAAAACGGCAUCAUCAAUCGAUAUUGUUACUGGGACCGGCCGGGACUGGGAUGGUCAGAGAAUGCACCAUCACCGCACUCCGCGGGAAUGUCAGUGGAUGUUCUGUCAGAGGCACUGGCUUUAGCCGAUGAAUCUGGACCCUGGGUCGUUGUUUCCGCUGGCGUCGGAAGCCUCUACUCUCGUCUCUUUGCCAGCCGACAUUUGCUCGAGGUGAGCGGGAUCUUCCUCAUUGACCCGCUGCACGAGGCAUACCUUGAUUCUAUCGGCCGACCAGGUCGGGGAUUUGUCCUUUGGCUUCGUGGCAUCAUUUCCCCAUUGGGACUUGAUCGUCUUGCAGGUGCUAUUAUUCGCGGUCGUACCAGAGAGGACAGGGUCAUUGGGAGAUCUGCUUAUCAAACUGGCAAGUUCAUCAAAGCGAAGCUACAGGAAAAUCUAGUUGCGGUCACCAUGACUGCGGCUGAGGUUCAAUCUGCUCGCCAUAUCCAGAUGAGGGAGACUCCACUGGUUGUCGUCAGUUCGGGUCAGAAGGUGAAGAGGGAUCCUCUUUGGGCUGAGCGUCAGGAGGACCUUUCCCACAUAACCAAUAAGCUUGUCUCUUGGGAUGUGGUUCAUGACGCACCUCAUGAGGUGUGGAGUAGCGGCGAAGGCCGGCGAGUAUUGGAGAAGCGCUUAAGAGAGCUUGUCGAAGCUAGUCGAGCACAGAAAUGA